GCUCGCCGCUCCAUCUUGAGUAGAAUAUAGCUUGUGAACGGUGAGUGUAUAAUUGUGCGACCAAAAUCCGAUGUUUAUAGUUUAAAGUGUACAAAAUUAAAUCAAGAAAUGUCUUCGAAUAACCAGAAGCAAUCGACCACGCAACGUAUGAUACAAGCCGUACCGUUUCCACCGAGUCAUAAGUUGACAGUGGCCGAAGUGUUCGAUCCAAGAACGGCGAAACCGCGGCCGGAUGUGUUGAAGCAGCACUUCAUAUUGGAGGGCCGCAUCGACGAGGCGGCCGCCCUGCGGAUCAUCAACGAGGGUGCGCAGCUGCUACGCGCCGAGAAGACGAUGAUAGACAUAGAGGCUCCCGUCACAGUAUGUGGAGAUAUACACGGACAAUUUUAUGACCUUAUGAAGUUAUUUGAAGUAGGAGGACCACCCGCUAGUACAAAAUACCUUUUUCUAGGGGAUUACGUUGAUAGAGGAUAUUUUAGUAUAGAGUGCGUGUUGUACCUGUGGGCGCUGAAGCUGUGUUAUCCUACAACCCUUUUUCUCCUCCGUGGUAACCACGAGUGUCGCCAUUUAACAGAAUAUUUCACCUUUAAACAAGAAUGUAAAAUAAAAUAUUCAGAACGUGUAUAUGAAGCGUGUAUGGAUGCUUUCGACUGCCUGCCGCUAGCGGCGCUAAUGAAUCAACAGUUCCUCUGCGUCCACGGCGGUUUAUCACCAGAAAUACAUAAUUUAGAUGAUAUACGAAAGUUAGACAGAUUUAAGGAACCACCGGCAUUCGGCCCAAUGUGUGAUCUGUUGUGGUCGGACCCUCUAGAAGACUUCGGCAAUGAGAACAACGCAGAACAUUUCUCACACAACUCCGUCAGGGGUUGCUCAUAUUUCUACAGCUACGCUGCUUGCUGUGACUUCCUACAAAAUAAUAACCUUCUGUCAAUAAUUAGAGCACAUGAGGCACAAGAUGCGGGGUAUAGAAUGUAUAGGAAAAGUCAAACGACCGGCUUCCCUUCCUUAAUCACAAUAUUUUCCGCACCUAACUAUUUGGACGUUUAUAAUAAUAAGGCAGCAGUACUGAAAUAUGAAAACAACGUAAUGAACAUCCGCCAGUUCAACUUCUCGCCGCACCCUUACUGGCUGCCCAACUUCAUGGACGUGUUCACGUGGUCGCUGCCCUUCGUCGGCGAGAAGGUCACCGAGAUGCUCGUCAACGUGCUCAACAUCUGCUCCGACGACGAGCUGGUGUCCGACGGCGACGACGCUCUCGAAGAAGCGAAACAGGCAAAAAUAGUUAUAAAAAAACCUGCAGCAAAUCUACGGAAGGAGGUCAUACGGAACAAGAUCAGGGCAAUCGGGAAAAUGGCCCGUGUAUUUUCGGUGCUACGAGAGGAAAGCGAGUCUGUUUUGCAACUCAAGGGUCUUACACCAACUGGUGCACUACCUCUAGGCGCACUCUCAGGAGGAAAAACGAGUCUCAAAAAUGCAUUACAAGGAUUCUCCCCCAAUCACAAGAUUACGAGUUUCGCAGAGGCUAAGGGAUUAGAUGCAAUAAACGAGCGCAUGCCUCCUAGGAAGGACGCACCUCCCUCACCGGCUGAAGAAACGCCACAGGACCAUAAUCACACUCAGUCUAAUGCACAUUCGUGAGCUAAACUUAACUAGGACAUCACAUUAGCCAGCUGCAGGAUCUUACGUGAUGGAUCAGCGAUUCCUAAGCAGUGGCACUCUACAUUUUACAUCUUUAUUAGGUUAUAGUUACAUUUUUUUCAUUGCGACGACAGGCUCGUUCACAACCUCUGAAACAAGUAGCUGGUCUGCUUCCUCCUCUCUCUAUUCUCUCUCAUCUUCCGUUCGCGCGCCUCGCUCUUGCACACUGCUCUACUGCUCCCUCCUUUCGUGCUUGGGGAUAACUACAUCCGACUACAUUCCAAUAUCUACUGGGUUGACGUUGUAGCACCGGCUGAUGAUGUUAAGAGAGAUCUACCCUUUUAUUAUUUACAAGUAAAUGUCAUUGUAUCCGUCAUAAAUUUGUUGUAACCAGUAGAAUCAGUAGUGUGAAUUAUAUUGUGCUAGAGAAAUUCGCAAUAAGAAAUGUCGGUCAGCAGUGUGAAACGGCGAGCUGGAACUGGCUGGUCGCACGUGUUGAGUGAUAUGAGCGUGCCAUACCCACCUGUCGCCACUGUUGUCAUCCAAUCACCAUCCCAUUGUUCUUCAUCAAAGGCCAUUACCGAUCAUCAUGAAUUUCACUAUUUGUGUGUUUAAUUUAAAAGAAGAUAUUGCUAUAAAUAUUUAAUUCAUUGCCGAGUAAUAAACUAAUUGUGCGAAAUAAGUACAUUUAUCUCUCUAUUAAUAUUAAACAAUGUCUUUGAUUUAAUAUUAAGACAAAAUCACACAUCUUUGCUACGAGUUGUACUUAUUUUUAUUUUUUUCAUUGUACAAAUUGUGUUAUACUAUUAAAUGGUUAAUAUUAACUUUCCUCUUUGUCUGAGCGUGACGCCUCCUUACAAAGUAUGUAUAUAAAUGUACAAAUAUGUGUUAAUCACUCAGUGUUGACCCACCUUCAAAUGCAAUUAAAUAAUAUGAAUCUCCAGCACCAUUAUUAUCCAUAGAAGAGAUUGUUAGCGCCAGGAGGAAUCUUUCUCUCAGACACAGAGUUGGUAUGAAUGAUUGAACUUCUGUUGUAUGCAUGCGCGUUAAAUUAUAUAUCUAUUAAUCUUAUUAAAAUUCUGUAAAUUUACUCUAUAAUAUAUUAUAUACAUAUAA